CAGAGUGGAGCGUGCACCGCACACCAGCUGGUUAAGUUGUCCUCUUCCUGUCCUUCUCCUUCAUUCUCCAACACCCCCAGCCUCCAUCCCAGCAACUCUCCCACUCCCAGCCCAGACUUCCUCGCACGGCUCGUGACCGUCUGUUUACGCUGGUGACUGUGGAUUUAUCAUUUCUUCUCACGGGAAUCUUGCGAGCGGACGUAAUUAUCUAACAUUAAACCCGCUUUGACUGCAUUUCACAUCGGCAGUUACAACCGUUUAUUUUCUGUGGCCUCCCUUUCGUUUACCUGCACCGGUCCGAGCUGAGAAGAGCAACAGCCUCUGGGGGAGCAUCAGUGAGAAAGACAAGUUCUAAACCAGACUGCAGUCAUGGAUGAGAUGGACCUUCCCCAGAUGAAGAAGGAGGUGGAGAGCCUCAAGUAUCAGUUGGCUUUCAAAAGAGAGAAGUCCUCCAAAACAGUGACAGAUUUGGUGAAGUGGAUAGAGGACGGCGUCCCGGAGGAUCCCUUUCUGAAUCCUGAGUUAAUGAAGAACAACCCAUGGGUGGAGAAAGGAAAGUGCAUCCUUCUGUAGGAGAACGCACACACCCAGCCUGUUCCCCUUUCAACUUGGCCCGCAGCACAGACCUCCAGAUGCCCCUUGACCCGAGGACUCUGCCACACAACCACUCACCAUGAAUGUAUAACAGUCCCAAGCACACACACACCCCGACAAGGCCACACAAACACGCACUGACACACACGUUUUGACUGACUGCCACACUUUUCACUGCAAGUUCACUCUUGCCACGUAAAUGCAUAAGGAUUGCUCAACAAUGAUCAAUACACCUACUAGAUGUCCCUGUAUAUGACAACCUACUUAUGCAGCCGCAAGGCACAAUGUUUCAUUCUGUCGUUGAAAUUAAUUUGCUUUUAUUUACUCAUGCUUGAUGAGCUAAAAUGCGCUACUAAGCUUUGGCACUGUCAGACAUUGAAGUUCUGCAGGCUUUUAUUUUCAAUGAGAAACACAGUUUGAACCACACGCUGCUCAACGGUUACAAACUGAACCUAACUUUUUAUACUCCAAAGUAAAUUCUUUAGUUUAGUGGCUGACAUGAUGCCUUGCAGUUGAAAACGGUUAUUAUUUGCAUCAACGGUGAUGACUAUCUUGGUCCACAGAAUGAUUCAUAAUAGUUGAGGCGCCCCUAAUUUCCUUGAAUUAAUACGACAUGUAAAGAGCUCAUGAAAAUUGUAGUGCGGACUGUUUACUUCACUCUACACCUUUUGAGGACAUUUAAUUCAGACAUUUUUAAUUAACAGUAGGGUACUUAUAGUAAAGUAGAAGCCUUUUCUACAAACAUGAAUGUGACAGCAUAACAUAACGUCAUCUAAGGUAACGUAAAGGCCUAGUUCAAAGUGUGUUGCUUAUUAGUAUUUACUAAUAACUCAACCAAAAUUUUCACUCGCACAUUCUGUUCCAAAUGAAUACUAAGAGGAAUUGACAAUAUAAAUGAACUGCACUAUGAAAGCCACAAGCUCUUGUGGUAGAAUUUGAAUACAGCACCUAAAAGUGCAAUGCGUGUAUAUAUAUAAACACAGUCACAAUUUUAAGCAUUGUAACUGUCCACUCUUUAUUUAGGUCUGUGCAUAAAUAAUGUAGAUUGUUGUUUUCAAAAAAAAAAUAGAAUAGUUGAGCUUCCCAAGGAUACAAAAAAAUAUCCCACGAGACUAAAUUCACUGCCUGGAAUAGUGACCAAACAACCAAAGCGUUUUCCCAUAGCAGGAAUGAACAAAUGUUUACCGUGACAGCAAAAGUAGACACGUUUACAACUUUGAAAGUUAUCAUCCCACAAGAGUUCUGGCUUCAUACGACUUUUAAAGCAUGAGUUUCCUAUUUCACAUUACAUAGUAUAACUGCAUGUUGUUGUUCUUAAAUGUUAUUAGGUCAGAGUCUUUGUGUUUAUUGUUGCUCCGGCUUUCUCCAGAGUUCAAUGCUCCAUCUGCUCUUUACCUAUAAUCCCAAUGGAUAACACAAACACAAACACCGAAUACAAACACUGUCUGGAUAGACAUGUACAGCCAAACCCCUUUAACUUAUUAAUCGAUACGCUGUUUUUUUUUUUUUUUUGAGGGGGGGUUGCUCAGUUACUUAAUUUAUUUAUUUAUGAGGACAUUUUUUAUUAUGAUGAAUGCUAUCACUUUCCUGUUUUAUUUACUUUGUCUCUGUUUUACCUCAUAUCUCCAACUCGAAAAAAAAAACAUUGAAUCGCACGAUGCAACACCUUGUCAGAUCAACUACUGCCUUUGACACAAUCUCCUUAGAAGAAUGUAAAAACUUGGCAUAAGUUUAAACAGCUAGCCUGAACACAUCAACAAAACACAGAUGUACAUGCACACGCAUACAGGCACACACAAACACACACACAUUGCUUAGUGAGAAUGAUGAACGAGGAGGACAAGGAGGACAUGGGAACCUCACAUCAUCUCAGUACUGUAAUGACUCUCAUUAUAAUCGCUUUUUCUCGAUGACCCAGCUCCCCGAAGGCUGUUCUGUAAUUGGGUGACUUUUGCACAAUGAAUUAAUUGCAAAUAUUUAAUUGAAAGUAGUCCAUGAUGUGCUAAUUAAUUCGUAUUUGCCAACUAAUCAAGCACCCACCAUAUUGGAAAAAAUUGUACCUUAUGCGUCUUGUAGAACACGCAAAAGAGGAACACAUUAUCAAAAAGAUACUGGUCAUAUUUAUUAAAUUGUGUGACUAAAAUAAAGGCAAAUGGAAAAAUAAAAUUCUGUACCUAUUUAUUAAAUGGUGUGACUAAAAUAAAGGCAGAUGGUGGCGGGAAGAAGUCCUGUACCUCAAACAGUUCACUGAGAGGUAAUGUUCCGUUUUUAAUUUAAUGUUUUUAUUAGUUCAUCUAGGCUCGCUAUACGAUUUAACGGAACAUUCAGGUGACGUCCCCACCCGUUCCCUCACUCCAUGAAGACGGACUCAAAGUGGCUUCCACAGGACAAAACGUCUGAGCUCCAUGUGUAGCUUUUCUAAGUGCUCUCAACCCAAACUUUUAUCCAACAUUUGAAUUGAGCAUUAUGGACACCACCACUGGAAAAGCAGCAAAUGCUAUUUACGUGAGAUGCACAGUACCUAACCUGCCCCGGGUUUUACAUUUCUUCUCUCUGACUACUGUAACUUUUUAGUUUCUUUUCUUAUAUUCAGAACAUCUCUCUGUGUAUGUUACUUCUAUUAUAAUGUCAAAAUUAACUUGUCUAACCAGCUAGCCACAUAUUCCUUGUGAGAGUGCUUUGGAGUUCCUAUUAUGCAUCCGACUAAGCCCAAGUAUAAAGAUGGCAAGCAAUAAAUUCAUGACAAUUUUUUAUUGAAUUUUUUUGCAAAAACAUUUAUCUUAUUAAAUAAAGUAGAAGAUU